CACGAACCCAGCUGGCAACCCGCAUUUUAAAAUUUUAUUUUCUAUUAUUUUGAGGUUAUGUAGUUACUAUAUUUUUGUCUUCUUAUUUGUGUACUACUUUUGAAUAGAAUUUUUUUUUAAUAGUUGAUAUAGCUGGUGACAGAAUUAUUAAAUCUAAGAAUUAAAUUAACACUUAGCUCCCAAAGAAGUUCAACUAACAAUGAAGAAAAAGAACGAUUAUAGCCAUUUUACAAUUGAAGAGAAAAAAGUAAUGACUGUUGCUGAAGUCGUCCAGGAAUUGAUAAAGGCACAUGGGGCAAAACGAAAUGUUAACCUCAAUGCAUUGAAACACAAAGUGGCUUCAAAAUAUGGCCUAGCUACAUCUCCCAGGCUUGUUGAUAUCAUUGCUGCAGUACCACAGGAUUAUAAAAAAAUUUUGGUUCCAAAACUUCUGGCUAAACCUAUUAGAACUGCUAGUGGGAUAGCAGUAGUAGCCGUUAUGUGUAAACCACAUAGAUGCCCUCAUAUUAAUAUGACUGGCAAUAUAUGCGUUUAUUGCCCUGGUGGUCCUGAUUCUGAUUUUGAGUAUUCCACUCAAAGUUAUACUGGAUAUGAACCAACUUCUAUGAGAGCCAUACGAGCUCGAUAUGAUCCUUAUUUACAAACCAGACAUAGAGUGGAACAGCUAAAACAAUUGGGGCAUUCUGUUGACAAAGUCGAAUUUAUUGUAAUGGGUGGUACUUUUAUGAGCCUUCCUGAAGACUACAGAGAUUAUUUUAUUAGAAACCUUCAUGACGCCUUAUCUGGCCAUAAAAGUUCUUCAGUUGAUGAAGCUGUCAUGUAUUCGGAAAGGUCCAAUGCCAAAUGUAUUGGAAUUACUAUAGAAACUAGACCGGAUUACUGUUUGCAGAGGCAUCUGUCUGAUAUGCUAAAAUAUGGAUGUACACGACUUGAAAUUGGUGUUCAGUCAGUAUAUGAAGACGUCGCUCUUGAUACCAAUAGAGGGCAUACUGUCAAAGCGGUAUGUGAGACUUUUCAUUUGGCCAAAGAUGCUGGCUUUAAAGUUGUCGCUCAUAUGAUGCCCGACUUGCCUAAUGUGGAUUUAGAAAGGGAUAUUGAACAGUUUAUCGAGUUCUUUGAAAGUCCAUCAUUCAGAGCAGAUGGUUUAAAGAUCUACCCAACAUUGGUUAUCAGAGGAACUGGACUUUAUGAAUUGUGGAAAACUGGCAGAUACAAGAGCUACUCACCCUCUGUAUUAGUAGAUCUUAUUGCUAAAAUCUUGGCCCUUGUUCCGCCAUGGACUAGAGUCUAUAGGGUCCAGAGAGAUAUCCCAAUGCCUCUUGUCACUUCUGGAGUAGAGCACGGAAAUCUAAGAGAACUGGCAUUAGAUCGAAUGAAAGAUUUGGGACUUAAAUGUCGCGAUGUUCGCACCAGAGAAGUGGGAAUUACCGAGAUUCACGAAAAAGUUAGACCAAACGAUGUUGAGCCUGUUAGACGCGAUUACUGGGCAAACGGCGGCUGGGAGACGUUUUUGAGUUAUGAAGAUCCGGAACAGGACAUCUUGAUCGGUUUGCUAAGGCUGAGGAAGUGUUCUGAAGAGAUGACCUUCAGACCAGAGCUGCAAGGUGGUUGCUCUGUUAUUAGAGAACUACAUGUCUACGGUAGCGUGGUUCCAGUUAGUGGACGAGAUGACGAUAAAUUUCAACAUCAAGGUUUUGGUGUUUCACUAAUGCACUGGGCCGAGACUAUCGCCAUCAAAGAGCACCGUAAUACGAAAAUUGCAGUUAUAUCUGGAGUUGGAACCAGAAACUAUUAUAGAAAGCUUGGGUAUGAAUUAGAAGGACCCUACAUGGUAAAAUCUCUUAAACGAGAUGAAUAUAUAAGUUCUCAGCAAUAUUAUGACCAGGCUAAUGUGGAUAAUUUGGAUAUGCCAGCUGACUAUAAGGGAGACUUCAAAUUGAUGUUUGAUGACAAUGCCGAGGAUAUAAAAUGGAUAAAAGAGUGGGAUGCGAAAAAUCGCGCAGCAACGGAAGAAAGUUAUGUUCACCCAAAAGUAGAUUUAGAUAUAGAUGAGGAAUUUCUCAAAAAGUUUGAGGAAUGUAAAGUUUUUGUUUACUAAUCUCAUAAUCACUAGUUAAGUAUCAAUGCUGUAAUAUAAUAUAAUUUGGUUUGUUUCCGCAAACAUGUUAAAAACUUGGCACUUAUAUGGAUGAAUAUUCUAUAGUGGUGGCCAAACAGAUUUUUUUAUCAAGAUAAAUUGUCUAUUAUAGAAAAUCUAACGCGUUACAUAGUUUUAUAAUAUAAACCGUAUAUGCAAGCUUGAAAUGCUCUGAUAAUUGUAAUAUAUUUUUCUAGAGUUAG